ACUGGAAUUUCGGCCAUUCUAGGACUAUCUGGUCUUGCGUACACUCUUAGCCAUGGAAUCUACCAUUCUGACUUGACUCCAUGGCUGGAAGAUCGCUUUUGGGUUCUCUUUCACGAGGCGGAUUACAACGAGAGAUCUGCUCGGAUCAUGCGCAUCAUUCAAGAAGACAUCGAAUGUUGCGAACCUUCGGCUUGGCAACUGGCAAGACUAUCAAAAUUUCAAUAGAGUUGUUCCAGAUGAAUUUGCCGCCAUUUGCCGCAAUACAGCAAAUGGCAAACUGCAAUCAAACGGUUGCGCCGAAGUAUUCGCCCGCUGGAUGGAGCCAAAAACCGGCUGGCUUUCUGGAAUCGCUUUACUACUCGUUGUCAUUUAGAUACUGUCCGUAGGCAUCAGCGCUUGGUUACGAAAAACAAUUUCGCAAGAAAGAAGGAACGAUAAGCCAUAUCGUGUUGUCAGUACAAAUACUAAAGUUUAGAACGUUAAAUCACUUACAUUCUGCAAAAAAUUGUUCUGUUUAAUAAACGGUUUUUCUUGUAAGUCGUUACUCUGAUUUCCGGCUGGA